UCAAAUGUUUCACAGGAACUAACCCCAUUUUAAGCUUAAAAAUGAAGUUUAAAGCAGUUAUUUUUGAUAUAGGAGGCGUGUUGGUGCCUCAACCACAAAUUGGUAUCCUGAACUAUGAAAAGCAAUUGAAAUUACCGAUCGGCUUUUUGGGAAAAGUAUUCAUGGAUGGAGCACCGGAUAACAGCUUUUGUAAGCUGGAAAGAGGAGAAUUGUUGUUUUCGGAAUUCAUUCCUAAAUUCGACGCCGAUGUCAAGGCUGCGGCAAAGCGGGACCGCAUCGAUGUAAAGAAGUUUAAAACAGAAAAUCUAUUUAGUAUGAUGAUGUCACAAAAAGAGGCAAUUCAUAAAGAUAUGUUUCAUGCUGUAAAAACGCUGAAGAUCAAAAAUGUUAAAACUUGCGCCCUCACCAACAAUUGGAUCGACGACCGAGGAGAAAACAAAGAGAUGGUGUCAAAAUUUUCAGUUUUGUUACGCAGAUUUUUUGAUGUUGUGGUGGAGUCUAGUAUUGAAAGAUUGCGAAAACCGGAUCCGGAAUUGUACAAAUUAACAUGCGAGAGACUGGGCGUUAAACCUAACGAAGCGGUAUUCCUGGAUGAUAUCGGUUAUAAUUUGAAGAGUGCCGCCGAGUUAGGCAUAACGACAAUAAAGGUUACAACUCCCAAAGAGGCGAUCAAGGAACUGGAGAAAGUCACCGGGUUAGAUUUGACAAGUGGCAGAACCUCAGAUGUCGUUUACCCACCUCCAUGCAAACAUGACGAUGUGCCUCACGGAACAGCUGUUCUGAAGUCUGGGUACAAAAUCCAUUACGUCGACAUCGGAGAGGGACCUGUAGUAAUGUUAUUUCACGGUUUCCCCGAAUUAUGGUAUAGCUGGAGAUAUCAGAUACCUGCUUUGGCAAGUGCUGGAUAUAGAGUUAUUGCUAUGGAUCAACGUGGGUUUGGUGAUUCGAGUUCGCCACCGGAAAUCAGUGAGUACUCGCAAAAGAAGAUUUGUCAAGAUGCCAUAGAUCUUAUGGACAGUCUAGGAAUUAGUCAAGCAACGGUUGUUGGACAUGAUUGGGGCGGAGCUGUCGUUUGGAACUUGGGACUGUUUUAUUCACAUCGUUUGAACGGAGUUUGUGGCAUAACGACACCUUUAUUUUCAGGAGAAGGAGCAAAAAGAAUACAAGCAAAGCCGGAAACGUUCGAUUACCAGAUGUAUUUCCAGGCUCCAGGUGUAGCUGAAAAAGAGUUUGAGAGUGACAUCCCAAGAACAUUUAAAAUAUUCUUCCGUGGGGUUAAGGACGUUCCGAUCCCAUUUCCAGAUGGAAAACCAUUUCCUAGAGAUACCACUAAUGUUACGAAGCGCGGGGGAAUGUUUGUUGGAUAUCCUGAAGAUGUUGCGAUUGGGAAACUUAUCAACGAAGAGGAUCUGGCGUAUUACUCCCAACAGUACAAGAAAACUGGUUUUCGGGGACCACUGAAUUGGUACAGAAACCACAAGGAAUCCAUGGGCUGGCAAAUGCAAUACGCAAACAGAAAAGUUGUCGUACCUUCUCUGAUGAUCACCGCUUCACAUGAUUUUGUAUUGAAACCAGAAUUUUCUCUUGGAAUGGAAGACAGAAUACCAGAUUUAUCUCGAGUAGCGCUUGAAAAUUGCAGUCACUGGGCCACAGUCGAAAAGCACGACGAAGUGAACGACGCUAUCAUAUCGUGGCUUGACAAGAUUCACAAAUCUAAAGCUAAACUAUAAAAUAUUGAUAACACCUGAGAUCCCAAUUAAAUGAGUAACAAAGCAAAACUUCCUAAUUCAAAAUUAAAGUCGCCUAUACUAUGAUAAUAAUGCGAUGUGAUUUAGUUGUAGAAAAUGUAUUUGAAUAUCUUCGUUGCUUGUACUGUCUUUUUUAAUUACAAAUGUUGAUUUUAUAAUAAAUUUAUAGUCGAAUUAGAAAA